UCGAAAAUUGAAAUCCUGCCAUUGACCCUUUCCAGGAGCAGAUACCCAAAAUAGAGGGGUAUAAUCUGAGUAAACUGUGAUUCUUUCGAAGAAUGCUCGCAUGGCAAUUCAAUCUGCUUGGACGCUCUUCCUUUUCUUCUCCUUGAUCGUCACUCUUUUUUGUUAUAUGGCAUGCGCAGGCAACAUUAGCUUUGCUUUCCCUCCCCCAACAGACAUCAAGUUAGGUUUUGAUGCUUACUUUCAUUGGGAUGAAUUACAACUUACCACAGCUGAUGCCAUGGAUGAUUUUGCAUGGAGCGCAGGCUGGGCUAUUUACAACAAACCAGUUCCUCUAUGGGACAAGUCAUCUGGGGCCCUCGCAAGUUUUACAGCUCACUUUCAGUUUGCUAUGGAGAACCUCAGCAAUAUUUCAACUUUCACUGUCAGUAAAGCCAGCGACAGCUCAAAAGGAGCGGGGUCAUGCGCCGGGGAGGGUCUCACUUUCUUCAUUGCCCCUCUGCACUAUGAACCGCCAAAGGAUGCUAGUGGCAAAUGGCUGGGCCUCUUUAACCAAACUAGAGAUGGAAACUCAUCGAAUUGCAUAGUGGCCGUCGAGUUCGACACAUUCAUGGAAGAAUAUGACCCUGAUGGUAACCAUGUGGGAAUAGACGUCAAUUCAGUCAUUUCCGUGGCCAACGUUUCACUCAGCUCUGAAGCUCGUUUCGAGAACAAUACUCUCUGCAAUGGAGAAGCUUGGGACGCCUGGGUGGAUUACGAUGGGCUCAAAAUGGAGCUAAAGGUAUUUCUUCUAUAUAACUAUAGUGAUGAUGUUUCUAAACCCAGAAGCCCAAUAUUGACAUAUCCCAUAGAUCUGCGUGACUAUGUACCAGAAAAGGUCAGGGUUGGUCUCUCCGCAUCCACUGGAAUUUCAGCCGAAACCCAUACAGUCUAUGCUUGGAAAUUUUCUUCUGCAUUCUUGGGUGAAAUCUCUCCUGCUCUCCCUCCCAGUAACGUUUCCUCAUAUCCAAUUUCCUCCCCACUAAAACCUCCAACCAUGAUUCCUUAUGAAGACCCCCAAAAAAGUAGCAAGAAGCCUUCUGUAAAAAUUAUCUUGAUAUCCUCCUCCGUCUGUUUCCUGGUUAUCUGCUUUUUCUUGUAUAUUGGCAAAAUUUUGUAUUUCAAUCACAGAGAAACGAGGCGGGAUUACGAGGGUGAAGAGAGAAACAUAGAGCUGGACGAACAGUUUGCUCAAGGCCCCCGUAAGUUCUCUUAUGCUCAACUCAGCGCCGCUACCCGUAACUUCAGCCAAGAUGAAUUGCUGGGAGGAGGCUUCGGAUCUGUCUACAGAGGCACCUUGCCUGUAACAAAUGAGGCCGUGGCCGUAAAGAGAAUAUCCCAAGAAUCGAAGCAGGGGAAAAAGGAGUACAUUACAGAGGUUACCAUAAUUAGUAAGCUGAGACACCGUAACCUUGUGCGGCUCCUGGGAUGGUGCCAUGAACAAGGCGAGUUGCUUCUUGUCUACGAGUUCCUGCAAAAUGGAAGUCUAGAUAAAUAUCUGUUCGAUGAAAAUAAGGUUUGCUUGAAUUGGGAUGCGAGGUACAACAUUGCUUGUUGCCUAGCCUCUGCUCUUAUCUAUCUUCAUGAGGAGUGGGAUCAAUGUGUUGUACACAGAGAUGUGAAGGCCAGCAAUGUGUUGCUGGAUUCAAAUUUCAAUGCAAAGCUGGGGGAUUUUGGUUUGGCAAGACUGGUAGAAUCUGGUCUCGCGGCUUCCCGUACAACCGUUAUUGCAGGAACACGUGGAUAUUUGGCACCGGAGUAUAUAGAAACUGGGAAGGCGAGUCCAGAAUCAGACGUGUAUAGCUUUGGAGCUGUGGCUUUGGAAAUUGCCUGCGGAAGGAAACCCAUUGACUACAGUUUGCAUGAGCACAGCUGCAGACUGGUAGCCUGGGUUUGGGGUUUGCAUGGGCAAGGGAAGCUUUUGGAUGCGGCAGAUCAAAAGCUUAAAGGGAAUUUCAAUAGUGAGGAAAUGGAGGUGGUGAUGCUGAUGGGAUUGUUGUGUUCUCAUCCGGACCCAAAAGCGAGACCCACGAUGAGAGAGGUGUUGAAGAUCUUGAAAUUUGAUGCUGAAUUGCCGUACGUUCCCCUGAAUUUGCCUGUAGCUGUGUAUAGCGACGGUCUUACUUCUCAUGCGGAGUCAUCGUCGUCUGAGAUGCUUUCGACAUCGAUCUCUCUCUCCUCUCGUUCUCCUGCAUCUGGAAGAACCAAAGGUAAAAAUUCCACUCGUCUCGGAGCUGAUCUAAAACCCCAUUACUCUGUUCAAACUUCAUAGAUUUUCUGUUUAGUGGAUAAUGCAGAUUUUAGUAACAUUUUACUCAGAUGUAAAAAGUUCUGCACGCUCGUACGUCACUUAUUGUGUUUUCUUGUGUCAUUUUAAUUUCCUAGGCUUUCCACAUGUACUAUUAGGUAGUUUGCCCAAUGGAAUUAGGAAGUUGUCUUUCUUUAUUAGUAUCUGUCUUAGCAAGAUACUAUUGUAAUUUUGCAUGGUUUGCAUGCAACAAGGAGUCGAGAGGCAAAGUAUUUGUAAUAGAGUGAAAUGUUGAUGCAAAUUUGUUUUUUCGGUUU